AUGCGAAGAUCGAAACACCGAAAACCGCCCUCAUUGUACCUCCACAUCCACACUACCACGUCUUCACGAGAAAGCUCCCCACGCUGCUCGUCCGUCCUUGAGGACUGGGACGCGGACGACGAAGGCUUCAUGUCUUCCGGUGACUUUAUGCCUUCGAGGCCACUCAGUCUCGCAAUCCCCACGGGACCAUAUUGCCCUCGAAAGCCCACAUUACAGGAUGUUCUGGCGAACACGGCCGUUCCACCAUGGACCUUGAGCGCAUUCAUGGCAUAUCUAUCGCAGAAUCAUUGCUUGGAGACUUUGGAAUUCACAAUGGAUGCCAAGAGAUACAAGAAACAUUACCGGGAAAUGGCGGAUAAAGACCCUCUCACGCCAUUAUCACCACAAUCGCCCGAGUGCGAGUAUGUCCGCAUGUUGUGGACGAAAUUAUUAGAUGCUUACAUUGUACCAAAUGGGCCAAGAGAAGUCAAUCUGCCUUCACAAGUGCGCGACCAUUUGGUAUCGCUGCCCUGCACGUAUACUCCACCAGAUCCAUCAGAGCUGGACGAGGCAGUUAAGAUCAUUUACGAGCUCAUGGAUGAAUCCGUUUUGGUGCCAUUUAUUAACUCAGUAGGCCCAGCAAGAUCCUCCGAAUCACACAUCAGUCCUUGGACUUCGGACGAUUCCAUGGCAGAUACAUAUAUGGCCGGAUCGCUAGAUGAGAGGUCACUAUCACCUGCUCGUUCGCGGCGACUGAGAAAUGACAGCCCACCUGCGGGGGAUGUAGACACCAUAUCGCAAUCUUACACAACAUUAUCGCCAAGAGUUUCCCAUCAAUCACAUCUGAGUGCGGCACUUAAUCGUGGGAGCCGUCGCUCAGCACAUAUAUCUGGUUCUACCCACACCUCCUCGUCUGAAUUACCAGACAUUCUCACCGACGAUUCCAAUGAUUCUCCUUCACCUUCCGGUUCGGCACUCGAACCAAUGACUCCACCUAAUACACCCCCAACAUCUAAUAUUGCAUUUAGCGAAGCAUCACCUGGGACGAGUCCCAAGACCGGUCGAAGUGAUUCGAGCGGAUGGAAGAAAAUCGGUUCUAAAUUCGGCUUCAAGAAAAGUCGAUCGGCUCACGGUUCAAGUUCAAGUAACCGGAGCUCAACAAGCCUGCCAAGUUUGGGCGGAAAAGACGCAAGUUCGUCCAACCACGGCUUAUGA